AUGCACACUUCUCAACUACUCCUGGCUCUGGCCACUACUUUAAGGUCGACCACAUAUGCCAAAGCAACUCGAUCAAACAGCGUCUCUCUGUCCAGCGUCAAGUCCCUCACCCUCCGAGAUGGCGCUCUCACAUCAGCCCGUCGAGUCGAGCCCAUACCGCAACUAACCUGCAUCGGCGGCAACGCCAAGGGCCUCUACAACGUCGACGUCAUGAGAUGCGAGAAUGCAGGUUACGAGUACGAUGCCGCAGAAGUUCAAUGGACCUGCAAAGCCUCGUUACCCCCGGAGUUUAAGCUAGGCAGUACAGACGUCAUCUGCGAAGGCUACGAUUCUCCCGAUGAUCCGCAUGUGCUCAAAGGCAGCUGUGGUGUUGAGUACCGGCUGGUCUUGACGGCGGUCGGGGAGGAGAAUUAUGGUAGCCGAGCGGAUCAAUAUGCCUACUCUGGAGGAGCGGGUGGGAGUGGUGUUCAAAGUGCCGCUGAUCGUCUCUUCACUGCAUUGUUCUGGCUUGUAUUCAUUGGCGUGCUCUGUCUCAUCAUAUACAGGAUAUUCAUCGUACCGCCUGGCCAGGGUCCACCAGGUGGCAAUCGCCGUGUUAGCUGGAAUGGUGGCGGAGGGGGCGGAGGAGGCGGUCCGGAUGACAGACCCGAUGAUCACCCUCCACCUCCGUACACGCCCCGUAAUCCAAAGUCGGCUUCUGACCACGCUGCCAAUAACUACCAGUCUCAAUCUGGACAGCAAAGUGAUGGCACAUGGCGACCUGGGUUCUGGACUGGUGCAGCUACUGCUGCGGCAGCUGGCUACGCAGCCAAUGCCUUCAGUAAUCGCAGCAACAACAAUACCCGACCAACACGUAACCGUGUCUACAGCUAUGAUGAUCAGCCAGCAGCCGGACCUUCGAAUCGCUUCGGUCGAACACAAGAUCCUUCUCCACCAAGACGCAGCAACAAUGGCGGUGGCGGGUCUUCCUGGUUCGGCGGUGGCGGCGGAGGUGCAAGUUCAUCGAGGCCGAACAGUGGCUACACCUCUUCAAACUCGUUCUCGAGUCCGCCGAGUAGUAGUCGGCAUGAGUCUACGGGCUUUGGCGGCACGAGCCGUAGAUGA